AUGACAUCUAUUCAACAAUAUGGCUUAUCUUCUGAUCGUAUUUGUGAUCCACAUAGACUAAACAUUGAUCAUCUCGAAUGUCCUAUUUGUCAUGAAAUACUCUGGAAACCAGUUGCUUGUCAAUCAUGUGAAACACCUUUCUGUUCCGUAUGCAUCCAUCAAUGGCUAGUCGACAAUCCAGCACAGUGUCCAAAUCGAUGCAAAACAUACAUUCAACGAAAAUGUCCACCAAUUCUUGCUAAACUACUUGCUGAAUUACAGAUAGCUUGUUUCUAUGAAUCGAAUGGUUGCAAUCAAGUCAUUUCAUAUGAAGCUUUAGACAAACAUGAAAUCGAAUGUAGUUACCAAUACCAACGAUGUCCUGGUUGUCAAACAAAUAUAUUAAAAAAAGAUUUUGAUAAUCAUCAAAAUAACUGUGCAUCAAUUGAAGUCACUUGUGAAAAUUGCAAACUUGUAUAUAAAAGAGCUGAUGCUAUUUCCCAACAUCCAGAAAUUAUCUGUCUGAAAGAGCAACUUCGACAAGCUCGGACUGAAUCUAGAGAGGAUAAAUAUGAAAUACACGAACUCAAUGCUGAAUUAAAUGAAAUACGGUUAUUAUAUCCAUUGAUAACAAAAAUGAAAAUCACAUUUGAUGAUUUACCAAUUGCUGCUGAUCGAGCGCAACUAAUUUCAAAUAUGUACAGAGGACUCAUAUGGACUGAUAUUGCGUAUGGGAACGAAUUAUUUUGGAAGAUAAGACAACCUAAAAGUGGAUAUGUUACUUCCUUCAAACGUGGAGGUAGUCGACAUAUUGCAUUUUUUAAGGAUAAUGCAUCGAUUAGCGCUGGAAGUCGUAAUCACAAGUUUACUUUUGUUUCUGUUACUGCAUGUGCUGCUUGGAAUGAUGAUCUACAAUUAACAGUUAUGGGACAUCGAAAUUCUACAAAGACUAACAUGCAUACAACAAAUCUUCUCUAUGGAAAACCACAACUUAUUCUCCUUCAUUGGAAAGACGUAGACAAGGUCAUCUUUACAUCAUCUGGCGGUAAACCUCAUCCUGGUAAUCGUGGAGCGACAGGGAGUCAGAGUUCUUCUAAUCCAUUGUCAACACACGACCAUACAGCAGCUGCAUUAAUUAAAACUGAUAUACCAAUUUAUGCAUAG